AUGUGCACUCUUGCUGUUCUAUUUCUCAAUUAUGCUCCUUACACCAACCAUUAUGCAGAUAUAGCAUCUUCAAUUACAGCAUCGUUGUCUUAUGUACCUACCUUAGAAAAAUUACCAGAGGCUCUUCAGCAACCAUUUGAAAUACCAAUUCCUAUCGAAAAUGAUGUAUAUCAAGCCAUACAGUCAAGAAUUUUGAAUAUUGAGAAAUGGUUUGUCUCAUCAAUGACGAGUGGCUAUCAUGCUGGAAGAUUGAGUAGAACAGUUGCCUCUGUCUUUGAGAUGGAUGUUUUUCAUGGAACAGAAAUGUUUCAGACAAAAAUGAUUGAUCAUUGUAUAGAUGAUGUGGGUAAAGAUAAGAAGGCUUACCAUGAUAUUGAACAAGCAAGAAAUGAACUCACAAAUAAAAUGAAUUUAUGGAGCCCAUCUCUCUAUGGACAGUUGCCAUAUCUUUUUGGCUAUGCUUCAGCAGCUGAAUUUAUACAAUUCUUUGCUCUUCAUCCCAGAAAUGAAUAUGGAACAUCAAAAACCACAAUACAGUCUACUCCAAUAUCUAGCUAUUUAGCACUUAAUAAUACUGUUGGCAUGCAUAAGGUAUUAUCAUGUGUGAUCAAUAUGGUUCGUAUUAUUGGUGCAUUAGAACCAUUUUUUCCUUUACAACCCAUCAGGAUUGGUCACAUUGAACACUGUAAUUAUGGUAACAACUGCUUUGGCAAGGUCCAAUUUUUUGAUACAUAUGUCAUUAAAUCUAUUAGCAAUUUCACAGCAUACAAAUUUACAACAAAAGAUGUUCUCAAUAAGGUCUACAGGCAGACAAAAUAUGCAGGUGGUAUCAUUCAUGCUCAAGAAGCACCAAAGUUUGAGCACAAUAGAUAUAAAGUUGUAUUAGAACCACUUGGUCUUUCUGUGAAGCCAACAACUGAAUCAGAACUAAAGGUUGCCAUCAAAUGCAUUCUCCUUGGCCUUAAUGCAAUUCACAAAGCAGACCUAGUGCAUCGUGAUAUCAGGUGGUCCAAUGUAAUUCAGGUACCAGAAAAUGAUUGGCAGUUGAUUGAUUUGGAGCAUUCUGGUAAAGCAAGAGGAGAACCAGGUUUCCUUCUUCAAUGGUGGGCACCAGAAAUGAUUGAUGAAUAUCAGAGAUAUAAUCAGGCAGCAGAUAUUUAUAUGGUUGGAAAGCUAAUGGACACCUGUAACGUCAUCUUAAGUGAAAAUGCCAUGGUAUUUAGGGAUAAAUUGACAGAUGUAAAUCCAAAACGUCGUCUUACAGCUGAAGCAGCAUUUAAUACAUUGUGGUAA